ACGAUUUGUGAUCUCAUAUUUCAACAGGAAGUACAUUAAUGCGUUUUUCAUGAAGUAAUCAUGUAUAAUUUGAAAAUAACACUGCUGAAAGCUCACUCAAAAAAAUCAAUAUUUACCAUUUGCGGUUAGCAUUAAAGUGAAGUGUUUAAGGGAGAAGAGCAGGGCACUAUAGCGCAGAACAGAAACUGACGUCUAAUACAAAACCAGAAUGAAUCACUUCCUAUUUUAACAAGCAUUGUGUUGCAAUAAACCUCUUUGUUUGACAUAACACGCACUAAUCUGCCGUCCCAGCCUCUAGAUUUCCAAAUUCCGUUGAUACCAACCUCCAUAUUCUGGUAUUCCAAAAAUAAAAAGCACAUUGUCAGUCGCAAAGCUCAGCUUUUUACUGAAACAAAAAUGGCAUUGUUGGUAUUUUAUUUGUUUGACUGCCGUUGCAUGAUGUGGAAACACAUCUGUAGUCUGUUGUGACUUCUGGCAGAACCUGAUGGGCUGGUUUUGGUCCUUCACUGAAUGGGAGGAGGAAAAGGAUGGACAGGGGAGGGAUCUGAUGGGCUGUGGGGAAGCCAGAGAAAGAAAAGGAAGAGAUAAAGGAAGUGUGGAAAACAAAGUGAAAUAAGAGAUUGAGAAAAGGGAGUGCCAAAGCACAGAUCAUCUCUUUCAGUUCAGCAGCUUAUUUGGAGCUAUGUCUGUACCAGCUAUGGAUUCUUUUAAGACUGUCCUAAAAUUCCUGACCAACCAGAAGACCACUAUUGGCUACAGCUUCAUGGCUAUUUUGACAAUAGGCAGUGAACGAAUUUUCUCCAUGGUGUCUUUUCAGUGUCCGUGCAACCGCAGACAGAAUUUUGCCUAUGGAUUAACUUUUCUGAUCGGCCCUGCUGUUGUCUUGCUGGCGAUUGGACUCUUUGUUAGCACACGUCUUUGGCGGUUAUAUACUGGGUGUUGUCUCAACCCUUUCAAACUGUGCCCAAGGGGUAACUUUAUGGGAUGUUUGCAGGUGUUUGUGAAAGUGCUAUCUGGAGCCUGCAUUGCUCCUAUCAUGUGGCUUAGUGUAGCUUUGUUAAAUGGAACUUUUUAUGAGUGUGCUGUUAGUGGUCUGCAUGAAAAUAUGGUGGUGCAAAUGUUCUGCAAAAAUAAGACACGUACGUGCCAGGACGAGCUCCCCCGAAUUCCCUGCAGCAAGUCCCAACUGCCUCCGAAUGAAAACAUGGAACUGCUGUUGAUGUUACGAGCCCAGUCACAGAUCCUCGGUUGGUCUAUCAUUAUCAUAUCAGCAACAGUAGCCCUAAUUGGAACAUGCUUUAAGAACUGUCGCUCUAAAGUAAGCUACCUUCAGUUAACUUUCCAGAAGAUCUACAUGGAGAAGGAAAAGGAAAAGUUUGAGGUGUACGCAGAAGAUUAUGCCACCAAACUGGCGGAGAGAAACCUCAAGAGUUUCUUUGACAACAAAAGUCCUGAACCAUUUCCCUUUCCGAAUCACAAGGCCUGGGAAGAGAUCUCUGCUGUAUACACUUUUAAGCAAAGUGAACAGUACUACAGCACACUUCAGAGAUAUGUGGAGCGCACAGACAGGGACUACAGCCCUGAGAAGCGUCCAGUUCUAGAGGGGCUAGAUGGCAUCGAGAUGACAUAGAGAGACAUGGACUAGUAAAUGAAAUGAAGUGGAAGUGGUCUUUGCACUAUUCAAACAGCAAAUACUUACAGUUUUACACCUUUAUAUCAGUGAACCAACACAGAUCUCAGGCCCUAUAAAGAGACGAUGACAGAUUUUUUUGACACUUCCCAAACAACGUUCAAUUUGCAUGCUGUCUGAAUGUUGUAUUUCAGGAUUUACAAAGUCUAAAAAGAAAAAUAAAUUCUCAGGGUAUUUGUCAUUCAUUGUUAAAUCAACAAUGAUGUCAAAUUGUAUCUAUGUCAAACAGCAAAAUUAAAAACAUGUUAACCACAAUGCUCAUUUCCUCUGCUGGUUUUAAGCAGAAGAUUUGACAAACAGGAAACCCACAUUCAGAGUCCCCAACGCUCAUUUCUCUAGUAGUUUUGACCUACAAAUGGAGCCCUUGUGAUCAAAAUAAGGUUCUCUUAGUAUAGCUUUUCAAGAAAGCAAGGUCCAGUUACUACAGAAUGUCACAAAUAUUUCACAUAGUAAGGUAGUGGUUUCCGGCAUUUCUGUGGUAUGCAUUUCCUGCACUGUUGUGAAAGAGAAGUAAAUAUACUCAGGUUAAUAGUCAGUGAAACUAAUUACCAAAUACAUAAAUAAACUGUGUUAUUCAAUGUAAGUUUAAAGUUAAAGUUGAGUGUGUAACAAAAUGUAGCCUAAUAACUAAUGGCAUUAAAAUUGAGUCAGAGCCACAGUCUUGUGUACAAAGCUAUGAGAUAUAUAGCAGCUGACCUAUGUCUUUGCUCAAGGUUCUUUCCUUUAAAAGCAAAAGGACAGGGGUAACACAAUAUAAUAACAAUAUAUAUAAUAACUAAUAUAUAAUAACUAAUUUUUCUUAAAUAUAUACAUGCAUGUGUGUGUAUUUAUAUAUACAUAAUAGAUAUACACAGUACAUAAAUGUAAUGUAAACAAAAACUUUUUGGAUGCAAAUAAUUGCAAUGAAUUGUUUGACAGCACUGAUCAUGUAACAUCUUAAAAUGAAGUUUAAGCAGCACAGGCAAUGUCAAUGUCAAAAAACAAUCUAAGUUGUACUAACAAAAUCUGUUACAAUACAAAUAAAGUUGAAUGAAUGAAUCGUUCACCAAAUGGAACUACAAAUGACAACAAGGAACUACAAUGACAAGCACACAGUCCGUCUGCUUGCUCUGAUUUAAAUAACAAAUGAUAUAUAUUUGUUCUGAAAGCUAACAUUUUUUGUAUUUGUUUUUUUUUGUUACCUUGCCUAUGUAUUUAUACUAUUUUUUAUUAUUUGCAUUUAUGGUAUGAAUGUAUAUUGUUUGGGCUUUUAAAAAAAUGCAGAAAAUGUAUACUUUCUUCUACCCUGCUGAAAAAAAGGCAACCUACACAAUCCUUGUUUGUUUAACUGGUAAAUGACCAAUUAAAAUGUAUUGCUGGUUAACAAUAAAAAAGUGUGUUUGUAA